GCAUUUCAGGGAAGAGCCAGGUCCUGUUUGCUGUGGUGUUUACUGCCCGGUAUCUGGACCUGUUCACCAACUACAUCUCACUCUACAACACCUGCAUGAAGGUGGUGUACAUAGCUUGUUCCUUUACUACGGUGUGGAUGAUCUACAGCAAGUUCAAAGCUACUUAUGAUGGGAACCACGACACUUUCCGGGUGGAGUUCCUUGUUGUCCCCACGGCUAUUCUGGCAUUCCUGGUCAACCAUGACUUCACCCCUCUGGAGCCUGGUCCAGACAGUCCUCUACUGCGAUUUCUUCUACCUCUAUAUCACCAAAGUCCUGAAGGGGAAGAAGCUGAGCUUACCGGCAUAGCCCUGGCCUCACCAGCCUUCUCCGAGGCAGGACAGGAGGAAGAGGAAGGCUGCCGAAGACCCAGAGCCUUCCCACCCAGAGUUGACUUUUUAAAGAGCUCACCUCUCCUGGCUUCCCACCCCUUCAGCUGGGUUUGGGGGUCAGUGGAAGAUCCCUAUCCUGGGCAGCUCAGAACCUGAGCUGUUUGUAGCCUUUUGCCUUUUAGAGAAGAAAAACAAAAAACAAAUCUUUCCACUAUUUA